CGCGCUGUGACGCGUUGUGCUGAGGCGAGUCUCGGCAAUUUCCGUCCCGUUUCGUUCCCGAGUUCGGGCUAUGAUCGUCCAUUUUGUUUCUGCUGGAGAUUUCAUUUCCGGGGUUUUUUUUUUCCUUCUUCUUCUUCCCUGAGAAAGUGGAAAGAAAGAAAGAGAGAGAGAGAUAAACAGAUACAGAGAGAGAGAGAGAGAGAGAGAGAGAGAGGAUAAAAAAAACACUAAUAAAAUAACAAAUUGUAAGCCCAGCUUUUUGAGUUGUUGCAACGUUUAUAUCCUCCUGAGAGACACUUGGAUUAAAACCCCGAACCCCCAUGUUAAAGAGACUGGACGCAAAACCGCCAGACAGUCGCCGUCCACUUCGAAACGAGGUGUGUGAGGGCGCCCUGCACUCAGGCACACAGCCAGUGCACAGACUGAGCCUGCAGGGACUCGGAGGGACAGGAUGCCAAUCCCACCGCCCCCACCACCCCCCCCUGGAGGACCCCCGCCACCCCCCACCUUCAACCAGGCCAACACAGUGGCCCCGAAGUUGAGCCGUGAUGAUCAGAGGGGGCGCGGGGCGUUGCUCUCCGAUAUCUGCAAGGGGGCGCGGCUCAAGAAAGUGGGCGUGGUGAACGACCGCAGCGCGCCAAUCAUAGAGAAACCCAAAGGUGGAGGGGGUGGAAGUAGUGGAGGAGGGGGUGGCGUCUUUGGCUCCAGUUCUGGAGCUCUCCAGCCAAUGGGAGGCCUAUUCCAGGGGGGCGUGCCCAAGCUCCGGCCAGUAGGAGGCAAGGACAGCAGCACAGACAGCUCUGGUGGAAAACCAGCUUUACACAUUCCCAGCUCCAGACCAGCAGCUCCGAGACCCCCAGCGCCAUCUUCAUCAUCAUCAUCCUCCUCUUCAUCAUCCUCCGGCCGUCACUCCCACCCGCACCACAGUGAAACAGGGGACCCUAACCGAGCCUCCCCCCUCGACCUCCCCCGCUCCCACAGACCCUCCCUCCCUGACCUCUCCCGACCCAACACAGGGGGGGGCAUGAAACACAGCUCCUCCGCUCCGCCCCCCCCCCCUCCCAUCAACCGCCGCGCCAACGCUCCCCCUGCGCCCCACGGGAGCAGAGGCGGGACCCCUUCAUCCUCCUCCUCCUCCUCCUCCUACAACAGGGAGAAACCCCUCCCCCCUACCCCUGGACAGAGAUCCCGCGAUGGACCGCUGGCCCCCCCGCCGCUGUCAAGCCCCCCCCCCUCCCCUCUCAACACCCCCCGCCCUGGCUCCUCCCUGGCCCCCCCUCCCCCCCCCUACCGCCAGCCCCCCGGGGCCCUCAAUGGCCCCUCCAGCCCCAGUGGCGAGUCGGCCCCUGAGCUGCCCCAGAGACGCAACUCCCUGCACAGGAAAGCUGGGGCUGUGGCUGCUGCUCUGGGGAGCCACGCCCCCUCAGCCCCGCCCUCUGCACGCGCCCACGCCCCCCCGCCGCCUUCCUCGCCAUCCCCCCAGGGGGGGCGCCCCCCUCCCCCAGCCAGGGAACCCCCCAACCGCGGAGCAGCUCCUCCUGUCCCGCCCCCGAUGAUGCGUAAUGGUAGUCGUGAUGCCCCGCCCCCUCCGCCCCCCUAUCGGAUGCACGGCUCCUCCGAGACCACCAGCCGAGGGAAGCCCCCUCCCCCGCCCUCCAGAACCCCCGCGGGAUACCCCCCUCCACCCCCGCCCGUCCGAAACGGCCACACAACGAUCUCCAAAUCAUUCCUAGAUGACUUCGAAUCAAAGUAUUCCUUUCAUCCAAUGGAGGACUUCCCACCCCCAGAUGAAUAUCGUCAAUUUACUAAAGUCUACCCCAGUAAAACCAACAGAGGUGUGGGUAUGAGGGGUGCCCCUCCGCUACCCCCAGUGGGCAGGUGAACCCCAGAACCCUGUGAGAUCCUUCAAAGGACCAGUCCUCACUUCACUGGAUCAAAAGAAAACAGAACACACACACACAAACAGACACGCACGCGCACACACACUGAGACACAUGCACGUUCAAACACAAACACGCCAUCCAGCUAACUUUCCCAGAUAUAUAUAAUUAGUUUUAAGUUAGAAGCCCUAAAGUCCUGGUUUUUAGAAGCUCCGUUUAUCAUUGAAAUGAUCUCGGCUGCCUGGAGUUUAUGUACGUUGUUCCUCCUGUCCUGGUAGCAUACCUGUCCGUGCGGAGAUGAGAAGUGUAGUCAGGUCUUUUAAGAUUUAGCAAGGGAGUCCUGAUUGCUUAAACUUCUACACCUCCUCCUCUACCUCUCUCUGUCCCUCCUUCCUUCCCUGCCUCUCUCUGUCCCUCCCUCCUUACCUCCCUCCCCACCUCUCUGUCCCUCCCUCCUUACCACACUGACACACACACACAUACUGACACACACAGCCAAACCCACGCAUUCCAUUACCUUUUGAACUGAGAUGUUUUGAAAAACCUGAAAAAAAGGAGAGAAGAGCCAAGCCAGGAUAUUCCUGGCUUUUUUCUUUUUUUUUUUUUUUUUUUAUCAUCACGCGGAACGGAGAACAUAAGACGAGAUUUCUGAAUUACCGAACGUUUCCCGAAAAGGCAGAACUGUUUCGGAAGAUUCCAAAGGAACAGGACUAAUGAUAAAAUAUUUAAGUCUGACUUUUUUGGGACGGGCUUGAAUCAAAGCUACAACCCUGCGGACCCAACAACAGCAAAGAUUUCCCAUCCCAGUGCAAUGUCUGGAGCGGUCAGAGCUGCUGAACGCAAGACAGCAGAAAAGUAUAAACUAAUAUCCCAGGGCAGGCAGACAUCCAUCAACCCCCCUUAGCCUCCUUCCCUACCUCUCCAUCUCCCUGUCAAGCCCCCCCCCCCCCCC